CACUAGAAAUACCCAUUUCUUAACAAAAAUAGAAGAAAUGCUUCCCCAUAAACUCAUUACUACAAUCACCCUUUUCUUCACUUUCUGUCUCUGUAUUUCUUCUUCUUCUUCAGCUGUCUUAUCAGCCAUUACUAAAGACCAUGAAACUCUUCUCUACACUCUCUCUCUUUACCUCAAAAAUCCUCCACAACUCACUAAUCUCCUCCUCGAUUUGGGCGCCUCUAUUACUUGGAUCCAUUGUUCCAAUUCAUCAACCUAUCGUUCUAUUUCCUGCAAUUCCCCUUUAUGCUCUGCUAUUGGCUCACGCUCUUGUGCUAAGUGUUUUCACUCGCUGCCUAAUCAUGACGAUUGUUCUAGUAAUCCUUGUAUUCUCUCUCCGUUAAACUCCAUUACUCAUAAAUCCUCCACCGGCAAAGCUAUUGUUGAAUUGCUAGCUUUGCCGGUAACCGACGGACGAAAUCCCGGUCAACUUAGGGGGUUUUCCGACUUUUUGUUGUCUUGUUCGAAGAAGUCUUUGCUUAAAGGCCUUACCAAAGGUGUUGCCGGUUUAGCCGGUUUAGGCCGGUCCAGAUUCUCCGUUACGACGCAGGUUAGCACUUCCUUUUCAUCUACACGCACUUUUGCUCUAUGUCUAUCCGGUUCACCGUCUGCUCCUGGAGUAGCUUUUUUCGGUUCACCUGGACCGUAUUACUUUUUACCCGAAAUUGACCUCUCAAAAACCCUCCAUUACACCCCACUUCUCCUGAACCCGGUUCAAACCGAUUAUUUCAUCAAUUUGACUUUUAUAAAAGUCAACGGAGUUCCAAUACAACUUAACCAGAAUAUCCUAGCCGUUGGUCAACAGGGAUUUGGUUCUACGAAGCUGAGCACCGUAACUCCAUACACCACACUACACAGUAAUAUUUACAAAAUAUUCAUAGAGACAUUUGUAAAUGAAUCUGCUAAGCUCAACCUCACAGUAACAAAUCCUGUGGAACCAUUUAAGGUUUGUUAUUAUGCGGAUGAGGUAUUGGAUACGAAGGUAGGACCAGCUGUUCCAACCGUUGAUCUUGUGAUGGACGGUGAUGAUGUGUUCUGGAGGAUAUUUGGAUCAAAUUCAAUGGUCAGGAUUGCUCGAGAUGGUGUUGAUGUAUGGUGCUUAGGGUUUUUGGACGGUGGGAUUAAGACCGAAGCAUCGAUCAUAAUUGGAGGACAUCAAAUGGAGGAUAAUUUAAUUCAGUUUGAUUUAGAACAAGAAAAAUUAGGAUUUAGUUCUUCAGUUUUAGCAUAUAGCACCUCAUGUUCCAAUUUCAACUUUACCAAUGUCAGUAACUUGAGUACUUAA